AUGACGAAGGCGGAAGACGCUCAACCUCACCUCACCGAGCAUUCUGUUCCUCUCGGUCACGCGCCUUUUGUGCAGCCAUCCUCGUACCUUCGCCCUCCAAUGGCCUCCGCAGAGAGACCAAUCGAUCGAGAAGAGCGACAAGGCCUGCGUGCCAUUCGCAAUUUUCUCAAGGUCCGAAAUUCCUACGAUGUUCUUCCUCUCAGUUUCCGCCUCAUCAUAUUCGAUACCUCGUUAUCAGUCAAGGAGAGCUUGAAUAUCCUCAUCCAGAAUGGCAAUACAGGUAUCGUUUCAGCUCCGCUGUGGGACUCAAAGGCGUCUAGGUUCGCGGGUCUCCUGACUACCUCCGACUACAUCAAUGUUAUUCAAUACUACUUCCAAAACCCCGCCGCGCUGGAUCAAAUUGAUCAAUUCCGGCUUGACAGCCUGCGUGACGUUGAAAAGGCAUUGGGCGUCGCGCCUCCUGAAACUGUCUCCAUCGACCCUGAACGACCACUCUAUGAAGCAUGCCGGCGUAUGCUCCAGUCUCGUGCGCGCCGUAUUCCCCUCGUUACAAACGACAGCCAGACCGACAGAUCACAUGUCCUCAGCGUUAUCACCCAGUACCGUAUUUUGAAGUUCGUCGCCGUUAACGUUCCAGAUACACAGAUGUUGCGUCGUCCAUUGGGGGAGCUCCUGAUCGGCACAUAUGAGAAUAUUGCUACAGCCUCAAUGGAUACACCUGUCAUUGAUGUUAUUCAUAUCCUGGUGGAGCGCAGUAUCUCCAGUGUGCCGAUUCUGAACUCGGAAGGCGUCGUCUACAAUGUCUUCGAAUCCGUGGACGUAAUUGCUCUGAUCAAAGGAGGCGUGUAUGACGAGUUAGGUAACACAGUAGGAGAAGUCUUGAAAAAGCGAUCUCCGGAAUUCCCGGGUAUCUACACCUGUUCGCUAGAGGACGGACUCGACACCAUUUUUGAUACCAUCCGCAAAUCUCGGGUCCAUCGUUUGGUGGUGGUGGACGAAGCAUUCAAGCUCAAGGGCGUUUUAACCCUGAGUGAUAUUCUCCACUACAUUCUCUUGGAGGGAGAGCCUGACGAAGCAUCAUAA